AUGGUGGAUGAAAUGAUGAAGCUUAGCCAAAGGACACUGCCCGGGGAAGGUGGGGGGCCCCCGAGGACGUGCCCGCGGAGGGGUCAGGGGCGUCCGGAGGGCGGCGGCCGGGGCACGCGGAGCGGCCCGAGGGGCAGGUCCUCGGCGGUCGCGGCGAGCCAGGCGGCGGCCGGAGCGCAGCCCCGGAGCCCGGCGCGGCGGCGGGCGGCGACAGCGACAGCGGCGGGGGCACGCGGGGCGCCCGCGUGGGGGCGUCGGCCCGCGCCCGCGACUGGGCGCCGACGGGGACCCCGCGGGCGGCCGGUGCCCGGCGCUCGCCUGCUGGAAGCCGCGGGUCGGCGCUCGCCCCCGAGGGCGCCCGGGCCUCCGCGCUCGAACGGAAACUGCUCUUCCAUUGAUUGGGCCCCGUUGGGCGAGCGGCCGGUGCGUGCGCCCCGAGCGAGCGCGUGCGGAAGGCAGGGGCCAGGAAGUGCAGCGAGGGUGCCGGCGCCGCGCGGGGGACGGAGCCUUCCUUAUUUAUGUGUCUGCCGGCGUUCGCCUUCGCCGCCCGAGGACUUCAGGGAGCGUCUCGGAGCUGCGUUCCCCGCGUGUGAGGCACGGACGGGCUGGAUGUCCGAGCAACAUGACUAUCCAUUAGCCUCCAAACUUUCCUUUUUUUAACCCAAAGAAUAUCGGUGGU